UAUGCAAUGUCAGUUUCCAGCUCUUGUAAAAAAACUGGUGACUUCCCUUACACAGGAGCUGACGUUCUUCAGGCUGGGCUGUGCCUGUAGAUGUUCCACUGCAGGGGCGUGUGCACCAAGGGCAUGCGAGUCGCAGACGUUUGCCAGCAGUACCAUGGGGCAGUGCCUGCACCCAUGUUCUCUCCAUGUGCUCAGGGAGGGGCCUCAUUAACCCCAUGGGUGGUGCCAGGAGCACCCGAACGGCCCCGCUGCAGUGUAUCUCCGUGCUGGAGGGACGCUCCAAGACCGUUCUCUGUGUGGACGCCACCGAUGAGCUGCUCUUCUCUGGAUACAAAGACUGGAGCUGCAAAAUGUGGAACCUGGUGACGGGCCAGGAAAUUGCCUUGCUGAAGGGCCACCCCAACAAUGUGGUGUCCAUCAAAUACUGCAGCCACUUGGGGCUGGUGUUCACCAUCUCCACUUCCUACAUCAAGGUGUGGGACAUCCGGGUCUCAGCCAAGUGCGUCCACACCCUAACGUAGGUACCUGGUGCACUGAGG